AUGCCAUUCAUUGUAAAUGGUGAAGUUGUCAUGAAGAACGACACAACAGUAUAUAAGUCUGUAUAUGAAGCGUUAGAAUAUAUGUUGAAUUAUAAUCCCGAAAGAUUUGACCCAAGCACUACACCAUGUGCAAUGCCUUUUAUUAAGGACGGUGAAAUCGUAAGAGUUCCGGAUUCAACGGUUUACACAGCUGUUCAAAACAGUUUACAAAACAUUUUAGCGAAUAUCUUUAAUUCAGAAACUACAGAAAUAAAAUUACCAUAUAUAACAGAUGCUAAAGAAAUUAAAUCAAAAACGACAACAUUAUUUACGUCACUUAAUGAUUUAAUGACUUAUAUCAUUAAUAUUCCUGCACCAACUACAGCAUUUGAUCCAAACUCGACGGUUUGCAGUGUACCUUUCAUAAAUGACAGUUCAUUAAUUACUUUAAGGGAUUCGACAGUAAAUGAAUCAUUAAAGGCGUCAUUAAUGAAAAUCAUUGAUUUUAAUUCAUUCACGAAUACAUAUAAUUCAUUCAUUAAUGUUUCAUAUGCUUCUAAAGAAGGUGAGCCAAAAACUAUCAAUAAAGCGGUGUAUGAAAUAAAAGCAUCAACGACGAAAUUGAAUUCGUUAACUUUUGACGGUGAUAGUUUCGUUAAUGACAUAACAUCGGGGAAAACAAUUUUAACGAAAGAAUACUUAAAAUCUCAUGUUAGUGAGUUCGUUGAAAUUGAAAAAGAAGGUGGAAUUAAGUUCGAUCCACUGAAUUUCAUUUUCAGCUUAGCGAAUGCGGGUGUUAGUUUCGCUGAAUGGACAACUAUACAGAGUGAAAUAAAUGCAAUAUGGACGUUUUUGGGGUCAAAAGCGGGAAUGGGUGAGCUUGUAAAUGCUGCAAGAACAUUAGGUGAAACAGGAAAUUUUGUAGAUGGUUUUAAAAGACUUGUUUCAAAUGUUUUAACAAACACAAAGAAAUUAUUUAGAUAUACCAUACAUAACGGUCAGAUUUUCGAACAGAUAGCAACAAACCCUCCGGUUAUGGCUGCGUUGAUGAUGGUUAGAGAUAUAAAACCACGUAACGACGGGAACGAAGAACAUGAACAACAGGAUACUGGUCGGGUUAUUCGAGACAUUAAAAACGUGUAUCCUGAAGUUAUUGAUUUAUUUAGAGGAGUUAAUGAUUCAAUUUCAAAACAUUCUAUAACCCUCGAUGAAGAGAAUAAAUUAACAGAUUAUAUAUUCGUCAUUAUUGCAGAAUUAAUGAAGAGAAUAAAUGAAAAAGGAAUUGGUGAUAUCAUUAAUGUCAGCGAUGUAAUGAUGAAAAGAAAUUUUGACUCAUUAUUUACAAAACCGAAAACAGAAUAUAGUCUUUAUGACGUAAUUACCGAAUUAAUGAAAAAGAUUAAUGAUAAUAAGAGUUCUGGCGGAAGAGUUGAAUUAGAA